GGUAGGGGGCGCCGCACUCGCCAUGCUGCGCGCGCCGCGGACCCUGGCUCCGGCCACGGCGCAACCUACAAAGAGCUUGCCGGCGCUGAACCCCACCGAGCUGUGGCCUUCGGGUCUGAGCAGCCCCCAGCUCUGCCCGGCCACCUCCGCCACCACCUACUACACUUCGCUUUACACGCAGACGGUGCCUUCCUCUGUGGCGCUGGGCACCUGCCUCGACGCCACUCCCCACGGACCCGAGGGCCAAAUUGUGCGAUGUGUACCCGCAGGCCGGCUGCCGGCCAAAAGGAAGUUGGACCUGGAGGGCAUUGGGAGGCCUACGGUCCCUGAAUUCCGGACCCCCAAGGGGAAGUGCAUCCGCGUGGAUGGUUUACCAAGCCCCAAAACCCCCAAGUCUCCUGGGGAGAAGACACGCUACGACACGUCGCUGGGGCUGCUGACCAAGAAGUUCAUUUACCUCCUGAGCGAGUCGGAGGAUGGAGUCCUGGACCUGAACUGGGCAGCCGAGGUGCUGGAUGUGCAAAAGCGGCGCAUCUAUGACAUCACCAACGUGCUGGAGGGUAUCCAGCUCAUCCGCAAGAAGUCCAAAAACAACAUCCAGUGGGUAGGCAGGGAACUAUUUGAAGACCCCACCCGACCCUCCAGGCAGCAGCAGUUGGGGCAGGAGCUGAAGGAGCUGAUGAAUGCGGAGCAGACCUUGGACCAGCUCAUUCAAAGUUGUUCCCUGAGCUUCAAGCACCUGACCGAAGAUAAUGCCAACAAGAAACUGGCCUAUGUGACCUACCAGGAUAUCCGUGCCGUAGGCAACUUCAAGGAACAGACAGUGAUUGCGGUCAAGGCCCCACCACAGACAAGAUUGGAAGUGCCGGACAGGGCGGAGGAGAACCUGCAGAUUUAUCUAAAGAGUACCCAAGGCCCCAUUGAAGUCUACCUGUGCCCAGAGGAGGGGCAGGAGCCAGACAGUCCUGCCAAGGAGGCGCUCCCCUCCACCUCUACCCUCAGCCCCAUCCCUGACUGCGCUCAGCCUGGCUGCAGCACUGACUCUGGGAUGGCAGAGACCAUAGAGUCUUCAGUACUGAUACCCCAGCCGGUACCACCGCCUCCGUCGCCACCACUGCCGCCAGCCCCAUCCCUCGUCCCCUUGGAAGCCACUGACAACAUGCUGGAGCUGUCACACCCUCUUCUACAACAGACUGAGGACCAGUUCCUGUCCCCAAUCCUGGCGGCCAACUCCCCCCUGAUCAGCUUCUCCCCGCCCUUGGACCAGGACGAAUACCUGUGGGGCAUGGACGAGGGGGAAGGCAUCAGUGACCUUUUUGACUCCUAUGACUUUGGGGACCUGUUGAUUAAUUGAAGUGUCCUGCAUCUGUCUCUACCUCCUCACAGACAGAUUGACAGGCUCUCUGCCCAGAUGGGGGACACCAAACACCGGGUGUCACCCUCCGUCUGCGCGGCUCUCUUCCAGUCUUCCUUCGGGCGGAGGCCAGCUAGGGAGAUGUGGGGGAUACGGCUGAGGAGUGAUAUCAGGGCUAAGCCCUGAUCCUCCUCUUCUGACCCUCCGACCCCUUCAUGAAGGACUACGGGUGCAGGUGGCCAUGUUCAGGGAAAGGGUUCACUGCCUCCUUCUGAGGGGCAGGGGGACCCUGACUUUUUCUAGAAGCACUUAACACCUUUGUAUUUAUUUCAAGUUCAGAUGUGUUUGUUUGUCCACCCUGAGUUUUAGCAGGGAGAUUUGUUCUAGUUUCUCCUCAGGCAGGCCCCACCCACGCCCAGUGCCUAAGGGCACAUCUGGGCUUCCAGGGGUCUAGGCCAGCUCCUUGCC